AUGGCUAAUGGGAAAACUGAAACAACCAAAGAUGUCUAUGUAGGGUGCACAUUAACAUUGAACAAUCACUCUUUCCAAAUAAAUUUGAUGCCAGUGAACAUUAGGAGUUUUGAUGUGAUAAUCGACAUGGAUUGGUUAAGCCCCCACCAUGCUAAUAUUUUAUGUCGCGAGAAGGCUGUUCGCCUUCAUCUUUCCGAUCAUGAAACCCUGAUGAUUUAUGGUGAUAAAACUGUCGUCAAUCUUCGUCUUAUCUCAUGCAUCAAGGCACAAAAGUACCUGCAUAAGAAAAAUUACGCAUUCCUCGCUCAUGUUAUGAAUAAGACCAAGGAAGAAGUAGACAUUAAAGACAUCCCAGUGGCAUGUGACUUUCCGGAUGUAUUUCCAGAGGAUCUUCCGGGAAUACCCCCAGAAAGACAAGUCGAAUUUCGAAUCGACCUGGUACCAGGAGCCACUCUAAUUGCCAAAUCGCCCUAUAGAUUGGCUCCCGCUGAAAUGCAGGAAUUAUCAAGCCAGCUAAGCGAGUUGUUGGACAAAGGAUUCAUCCGGCCAAGUUUCUCACCCUGGGGAGCUCCAGUUUUAUUUUUCAAGAAAAAGGACGGAUCCUUCAGGAUGUGCAUUGACUAUAGAGAAUUAAACAAGCUCACCAUUAAAAAUCGGUACCCACUUCCACGAAUCGAUGAUCUAUUUCACCAACUUCAAGGAGCUAGUUACUUCUCCAAAAUAUAUCUGAGAUCCGGUUAUCAUCAACUUCGAGUCCGAGAAGAGGACAUUCCAAGAACCGCCUUUUGA